GUGCACAGCCUUUAAGUGAGUAAUCAGCCCUCAAAAGAUCCACCCAACUAUUUUUUAAAGACACAAUCCCAUUGCUGCAGCGGCUUCCCAGUCCGGUCAGCAGCGCUGCUUGUGGCUGAGCUCUAAUCAGGAAGCUCCCUGCAGCCGGUGCCAGGAGCAGCCGCAGCUCUUUCCCAUAUACAGGCAGUCUACCCAACGCUGUGCAACCAUGCUGAAGGUCUUUGUGGAGGCAGCUUAUAAUGUCCCUAAAACCAAGCUUGGGAGGCCGGAUCCUAUAGUCACAAUCACCUUCAGAGGGGAGAAAAAGAAAACUAAAGCUAUUGACAAUGAACUGAAUCCAGUAUGGAAAGAGCUUCUGGAGUUUGAUCUGAAGGGGAUAGCCAUAGACUACACAUCGGCAUUGGAGGUCAUUGUGAAAGACUUUGAAACGAUUGGAAAAGACAAAUUUAUUGGAAGCACAACUAUUUCGCUUAAGGAAUUUGCCGGAGUGCAGAGCCGAUCUCUCCCGUUCAAAGGUGUUAAUUUGAUGAGUGAAAAGGGGCAGCCCAUUGGGGCAAAUAUUGAUUUAAUGGUUUCCUAUGAACCUCCUGCUUCCCCUGUCAGCAAUCCUAAUGAUCCAGGAGGAACCAAUGUACACGCAGAAGGGGAUAAUGAAGAUGAGGAAGAUGGGGAUGUUGUUGACUCUGGAUUCAAUCCAUAUAUGCCAGCGGUUCCCGGUCAAACUGAAAAUCAAAUUGCUCGGCGUCUUACGAAAGGGAAGAAAGCCAGAAGGAUACUCUCAAACAAGAUUCAAGAUUUCCAGAUUCGCAUUCGAGUAAUUGAAGGGCGCCAAUUGUCCGGUAACAACAUAAAACCUGUUGUGAAGAUCAGCGUGGGAGGUCAGACCCACAGGACAAGAAUCAAAAGAGGAAACAACCCUUUCUUUGAUGAGGUUUUUUUUUACAACGUGAAUAUUACACCGUUAGAACUAUUUGACGAGUCUGUAAUACUCCGGUUAUACAACUCUGGGUCGAUACGAGCAGACAGCUUAAUUGGAGAAUUCAAGCUUGACAUUGGGUUUAUAUAUGAUGAACCAGGCCAUGCCGUCAUGCGGAAAUGGGUUCUCCUCAAUGAUCCCGAGGAUUUGAGCUCUGGGGCGAAGGGAUAUCUAAAAGUCAGCAUGUUUGUUAUUGGGACCGGAGAUGACCCUCCUGUGGAAAAAAGGGACAAAGACAAUGACUCUGAUGAUGUGGAAAGUAACCUCCUGCUUCCACCUGGAGUGAAUCUGAGAUGGGUCACCUUCUUUCUCAAAAUCUACAGAGCAGAGGAUAUCCCACAGAUGGACGACGCCUUUGCACAAACGGUAAAGGAAAUAUUUGGAGGAGACUCUGACAAGAAGAAUUUAGUAGACCCUUUUGUAGAAGUGGCCUUUGCUGGGAAAAAGGUCACCACUAAAAUAAUAGAAAAAAAUGCGAAUCCGGAGUGGAACCAGGCUGUCAAUCUGCAAAUAAAGUUCCCCUCGAUGUGUGAAAAUAUAAAGCUCACGGUUUAUGACUGGGACAGACUCACCAAGAAUGAUGCAGUCGGAACGACUAAUCUGAGUUUGUCAAAAAUUGCUGCAUCUGGUGGAGAAAUGGAUGACUAUGAGACUUCGGGAGUUGGGUCUUCGGCAUUGGAAGUAGGCACUAGUGAAAAGGAAGUUGGAUUUUUACCCACAUUCGGACCAUGUUAUCUGAAUCUAUAUGGUAGUCUGAGAGAAUUCACUGGAUUUCCUGACCCUUAUGAUGAUCUAAACUUUGGAAAGGGUGAGGGUGUUGCGUACAGAGGAAGACUCCUGGUUGAACUGAUAACCAAACUUGAUGGCACUCCUGCUAAAAAGAUUGAGGAUAUACCCAGUGAUGAUCUACUCGUUGUAGAGAAAUACCAGCGCAGACGGAAGUACUGCUUGUGCGCAGUCUUCCACUCAGCCACCAUUCUGCAAGACAUUGGAGAAGCCAUACAGUUUGAAGUCAGCAUUGGCAAUUACGGCAAUAAGUUUGACAGUACCUGUAAGCCUCUGGCAUCAACUACGCAGUACAGCCGAGCAGUGUUUGAUGGUAACCUCUACUACUAUCUCCCGUGGUCAGCCACUAAGCCUGUGGUAACACUAACUUCCUUCUGGGAAGACAUUAGCCAUCGACUAGAUUUUGUCAAUGUUUUGUUGGCCAUGACAGAACGGCUGCAAUCCAACAUCUCUGCCCUCAAAUCGGCAAUCCAGUCUAAGAUUCCAGAGAAUCGACUAGCAGAGAUAUGGCUGAAAUUAAUUGAUCAGCUUAUUGAGGAUACAAUGAAGCCACUGCCCUCCAUGGAAGGAAAGUCCAAUGUGACCGUGCUGGACAUGCAGCUACAGAAGCUCAGACAGACUUCUCUCAAGCUGAUUGGAGAGGCCGCGGUGAGGAUGAGGGGGGAAGCGACAGACGUAAAGACAACUUUGACCGAAAUUGAUGACUGGCUGGAUAGGCUACAACAGAUUUCCGAGGAGCCUCAGAACAGUAUGCCAGAUGUCAUCAUCUGGAUGAUUAGAGCGGAGAAAAGACUGGCUUACGCUCGUGUUCCCGCCCACCAAGUUCUCUAUUCGUCCACCAGCCCAGAGGCCUGUGGGAAAUACUGUGGGAAGACUCAGACCAUCUUUUUACAGUACCCCAUGGAUAAAAGCAAAGGUGUGAAGAUUCCUGUUCAGCUGAGAGCCAACAUCUGGCUGGGACUGUCUGCGGUGGAAAAGAAAUUUAACAGCUAUGCGGAAGGGACCUUCAGCGUGUACGCGGAAAUGUAUGAAAACCAAGCCCUGAUAUUUGGGAAAUGGGGAACCACAGGUCUGCUGAAACGGCCAAAGUUUUCUGACGUUACAGGAGCAAUAAAGCUGAAGCGAGAGAGUUUCCUCCCGCCCAAAGGCUGGGAGUGGGAAGGGGAGUGGGUUGUGGACCCUGAGAGGAGUUUACUGACGGAAGCAGACGCUGGGCACAGUGAGUUCACUGAUGAAGUGUAUCAGAAUGAGAGCCGAUAUCCUGGCGGGGAUUGGAAACAGGCUGAUGAGCCAUACACGGACGCUAAUGGGGAUAAAAACCCUUCUCCGGGAGAGUUUGAGUGCCCAAGUGGAUGGGUGUGGGAAGACGAUGCGUGGACCUUUGACAUUAAUAGAGCUGUGGAUGAGAAGGGUUGGGAAUAUGGAAUAACCAUCCCUCCAGACAUUAAACCCAAAUGCUGGGGGGCUGCGGAGAAGAUGUAUCACACACACAGGCGGCGCAGACUAGUGCGGAGUAGGAAGAAGGAUCCCAAUGUAACUGCUGCUGUUAAAAAGGCACACUCCUUUGAUAGCCAAGAGUGCUGGGAAUACGCUGCGCUCAUAGGGUGGAAGUUCCAUCUAAAAGAGCGCAGCUCUGACACUUUCCGUCGAAGACGCUGGAGGAGAAAGAUGGCGCCUGCUGAAAGUCUUGGUGCAUCAGCGAUCUUCAAGCUGGAGGGAGCUCUUGGGACUGAUAUGAGUGCUGAGGAAGAAGAGAAGAAGAGUUCUGAGAAGGGGAAGGAAUCUGCAGCAAAUAUCUUUGGGGCAAACACACCCAUUGUGUCCUGCACCUUUUCUAACGUGUUCAAUUAUCACCUUCGCUGUUACCUAUAUCAGGCGCGAGGUCUCACUGCCAUGGAUAAAGACAGUUUUUCUGAUCCAUAUGCCCAUGUAUCAUUCCUUCACCGCAGUAAAACCACAGAAAUAAUUCAUUCAACUCUGAAUCCAUCGUGGGAUCAAACCCUAAUCUUCAAUGAAAUAGAAAUUUAUGGCGAUCCACAAGCAGUAGCGCAGAGUCCUCCCAAUGUAGUUGUUGAAAUAUUUGACAAUGACCAAGUGGGGAAAGAUGAAUUUCUCGGCAGAAGUGUUUGCUUGCCGGUAGUAAAGUUGAAUCCCGGAAUUGACAUCACCCCUAAACUACUCUGGUAUCCUGUAAUGAAAUCGGAAAAACACUGUGGGGACAUCUUGGUGGCUGCAGAACUUAUCCUCCGUGAGAAGGACGGAUCAAAUCUGCCAAUAUUGCCAUCCCAGCGAGCGCCAAAGCUGUAUAUGGUGCCUCAAGGCAUCCGACCAGUGGUUCAGCUGACUGCCAUUGAGAUUCUCACGUGGGGGUUGCGCAACAUGAAAAGUUUCCAGAUGGCGGCUGUCACAUCACCAAGCCUCAUUGUUGAGUGUGGUGGAGAGAUUGUCCAGUCUGCCGUUAUCAAGAACCUAAAAAAGACCCCCAACUUCCAUAGUUCUGUGCUCUUCAUGAAAGUUCUUCUACCGAAGGAAGAAAUGUAUGUCCCACCUAUCAUCAUCAAAGUGAUCGACCACAGGCCGUUCGGAAGGAAGCCGGUAGUGGGUCAGUGUACAAUUGAUUUGAUAGAGGAUUUCCGCUGUGAUCCAUAUACUACAAGGGCAGAUGAGGCUCCAGAGUCCAGAGUGGCGCUCUUGUCUUGCGCACCUCCUCGUGAUGUAGUUAUCGAGGUGGAGGACACAAAACCUCUGCUGGCGAGUCAGCUGUUAAGCAGCAUGUCAGCUGCAGUCGGGAAACUGGCCUCUCCCACCACUGUACAUCUCCAAGAGAAGGAAGAAGAAAUCGUUGAUUGGUGGAGCAAAUAUUACUCAUCCAUAGGAGAACAUGAAAAAUGUGGCCAAUACUUGCAGAAAGGUUAUGACACCCUAAAGGUGUACCACUGUGAGCUGGAAGAAGUUCACGAGUUUCAUGGGUUAACAGACUUUUGUGAAACCUUUAAGCUGUACAGAGGGAAGUCUGAAGAUGAGGAUGAUCCCACAGAGGUUGGAGAGUUUAAGGGUUCCUUCCGUAUAUACCCUCUCCCGGAUGACCCCAGCAUCCCGCCCCCUCCUCGGCAAUUCCGUGAGCUGCCGGACAGCGUAUCUCAGGAAUGCAUUGUUCGCAUUUACAUAAUUAGAGGAAUAGAUCUCCAACCCAAGGACAGCAAUGGGCUAUGUGAUCCUUACAUCAAGAUUACUUUGAGUAAGAAGGUGAUAGAAGAUCGGGAGAACUACAUACCCAAUACUCUGAAUCCGGUGUUUGGAAGAAUGUAUGAGUUGAGCUGCUUCUUACCCCAAGAAAAAGAUCUGAAGAUUUCUGUGUAUGAUUACGACGCUGUGACGCGGGAUGAAAAAGUCGGAGAAACCAAAAUAGACUUAGAAAACAGAUUCCUUUCUCGGUUUGGGAGUAACUGCGGUUUGCCACAGACGUACUGUUUAUCCGGGAUUAAUCAGUGGAGGGAUCAGCUAAAGCCCACAGAGAGUUUGCAGACUGUUGCCCGUUUAAAAGGAGCUCCACCACCCGUGUAUUCUGAGAAUGGAAACAGAGCCCGCUUUUUAGGGCGCGAGUACUCGCUGGAAGAUUUGGAAGCGAACAAAAUAAUACAUCAACAUCUUGGUCCUGCCAAUGAGAGACUUGCUCUGUAUGUACUCCGAGGUCAAGGGCUUGUUCCUGAACAUGUAGAAACACGGACAUUGUAUAGCACCUUUCAGCCAAACCUCUCACAGGGAAAACUGGAGAUGUGGGUCGACGUCUUCCCCAAAAGCAUGGGUCCCCCAGGGCCACCCUUCAAUAUCACACCCCGCAAAGCAAAAAAAUAUGUGCUCCGUGUGAUUGUAUGGAAUACCAAAGACGUCAUCCUAGAUGAGAAGAGUAUUACAGGGGAAGAAAUGAGUGACAUUUACGUCAAAGGUUGGAUUCCUGGCAAUGAAGAAAAUAAGCAGAAAACAGAUGUGCACUAUCGGUCACUGGACGGUGAAGGAAACUUUAACUGGCGAUUUAUUUUCCCGUUUGAAUAUCUUCCAGCGGAACAGCUCUGUGUUAUUUCUAAGAAGGAACAUUUCUGGAGCCUUGAUAAAACGGAAUUUAAGCUACCACCGAAACUAUUACUUCAAGUCUGGGACAAUGACAAAUUUUCCUUGGAUGACUACUUAGGUUUUGUUGAGCUUGAUUUACACCGCACAAUGAUCCCAGCAAAAACCUCGCAAAAGUGCAGCCUGGAUAUGGUUGACUCAGUGAAACCCUCAAAGUUUGCCUCUCUAUUUGAACAGAAGUCUAUGAGAGGAUGGUGGCCCUGUUAUGCUGAGCAGGAUGGGAAACGUAUAUUGGCUGGAAAAAUUGAGCUGACUCUGGAAGUUCUAAAUGAAAAAGAGACAGAAGAAAGGCCAGCUGGCAAGGGUCGUGAUGAACCCAACAUGAACCCCAAGUUAGACCCACCAAACCGACCAGAAACCUCCUUCCUUUGGUUCACAAACCCGUGCAAGACCUUGAAAUUUAUUGUGUGGCGCAGAUUUAAAUGGAUUUUCAUUGGCAUCAUCGUCUUGCUGCUCGUACUGCUGUUCCUCGGAAUAUUGUUGUAUUCCUUGCCGAACUAUAUUUCAAUGAAGAUUGUGAAGCCAUUUCAAUGAAGAUUGUGAAACCGUACACACAGAGUACAGAAAAUACAAAAUACAGAUGUUCUUCGGAAUAGUGUUUGGCCUCCAAUGCUGGCCUGGAUCCCGGAAGACCCUUUUAAUAGAUUUAACCUUGUUCGCUUGUCUGCUAUAUAUAAUAAAUGAGAGAGACCUAAAACCAAGGUUACAGAAGGUUCAUGGGGUCAUGACUUGUCGAUUUGAGUCGCUUUUUUUUGUUUUUUAAACAAAAUAUUUUUCACAAGUACACCUCAAGUGUGGGUUCAUAAUGCAUUCACUGCCCUUCCCUGUCUUCACACCCCUGCCAAGUCAUAAUAUUGAAAAGUUUAAUGUAAAGCAGUGAGGGUGGGGUAUGUAUUCCAAAAAAAAAAAAAAAAAUUAUAAUUUUAUGGAAACAAUAGUGCAAUAAAAAUAAGUCUGUGUACAUGUAUAUGAGGGAACAAUGCAAAGCACCAUUAUAUUCUUGUACUUUUUUAUAUAGUAAUUUUACAAUUAUAGUGAAGUACUGUAUACACUAAAUAAAUAUCACUUUUUCAA